AUGCCCGAAAAGACAACUAAGAAUCUUAAGUCUCUCUCCAUCGACGACGAUGACAAGGCCCAAGGUGCCAUUUACUCCGUCUCUGGACCCGUCGUGAUUGCCGAGAACAUGAUCGGAUGUGCUAUGUACGAAUUGGUCAAGGUUGGCCAUGACAACCUGGUCGGUGAGGUCAUUCGAAUCGAGGGUGAUAAAGCCACUAUUCAGGUUUACGAGGAAACAGCCGGCGUCACAGUUGGAGACCCUGUCACCCGAACUGGUGAACCCCUGUCCGUUGAGCUUGGCCCCGGUCUCAUGGAAACUAUUUACGAUGGUAUCCAGCGACCCCUUAAGGCCAUCCAAGAGAAGUCUGACAGUAUAUACAUUCCCCGAGGAAUUGAUGCCCCUGCUCUAAACCGAGAGAAGAAGUACGCCUUCACCCCUGGCCCUCUCAAGGUCGGAGACCACAUUUCCGGUGGUGACAUCUACGGAUCUGUUUUUGAGAACUCCCUUCUUUCUGACCACAAGAUCAUGCUGCCUCCUCGAGCUCGAGGAACUAUCACCUGGAUUGCCAGCAAGGGUGACUACACUGUUGUUGACGACAUUCUGGAGGUUGAGUUUGAGGGUAAGAAGACCAAGUACAGAAUGCUGCAGAAGUGGCCUGUACGAGUUCCCAGACCCGUGAAUGAGCGACUUACUGCCAACUACCCUCUGCUCACCGGCCAGAGAGUUCUGGACGCUCUGUUCCCUGUUGUCCAGGGUGGUACUACCUGUAUCCCUGGUGCUUUUGGUUGUGGAAAGACUGUCAUUUCUCAGUCCCUUUCCAAGUACUCGAACUCUGACAUCAUUAUCUAUGUCGGAUGUGGUGAGCGAGGUAAUGAGAUGGCGGAGGUGCUCCUGGAGUUCCCUGAGCUCAAUGUUGAGAUCGACGGCCGUGAGGAGCCUAUCAUGAAGCGAACCACUCUGGUUGCCAACACUUCCAACAUGCCUGUCGCCGCGCGAGAGGCAUCCAUUUACACUGGUAUCACUAUCGCAGAGUACUUCCGAGACCAGGGUAAGGACGUCUCCAUGAUCGCCGACUCCUCUUCUCGAUGGGCUGAGGCUCUGCGAGAAAUUUCCGGCCGACUGGGAGAGAUGCCUGCCGACCAGGGUUUCCCUGCAUACCUCGGUGCAAAGCUGGCCUCCUUCUAUGAGCGAGCCGGUAAAGCAGCUACCCUUGGUGGACCUGACCGAGAAGGUUCUGUUUCUAUCGUCGCAGCUGUGUCUCCUCCGGGUGGUGAUUUCUCCGAUCCUGUUACCACUGCUACUCUUGGUAUUACACAGGUUUUCUGGGGUCUUGACAAGAAGUUGGCUCAGCGAAAGCAUUUCCCCUCCGUGAACACCGCUGUAUCCUACUCCAAGUACACCACUGUGCUUGACAAGUACUACAACGAACAUUUCGAGGUCUUUCCUCAGAACCGAGAUAAGAUCAAGGAGAUUCUGACUAACGCUGAGGAGCUUGAGACCGUUGUCCAGCUUGUCGGUAAGUCUUCUCUUUCUGAUACUGACAAGGUUACCUUGGAUGUGGCCACUCUUCUCAAGGAAGACUUCCUUCAGCAAAACGGAUACUCCACUUACGAUGCCUUCUGUCCCAUUUGGAAGACUGCUGCCAUGAUGAAGACCUUCAUCACCUAUCACGAUGAGGCUCAGCGAGCUGUUUCCAACGGUGCUUCUUGGUCCAAGCUGUCUGAGAAAACUGCAGACAUUAAGCACAAGGUUUCCUCGGCCAAGUUCUUUGAGCCUUCGCAGGGAGAGGAAGCUCUCAACAAGGAGUUUGAUAAGCUUGAUGCUGAUAUCGUCGACAAGUUCACCCAGUACUCAGAGUAA